AUGGUCAAGCCCAACAGUACCGUAUCAGGGAGAGAUUCGCCUCGUGAAACGGCGAACGUGGGCCCUGCAGUGUUCACGGAGGGAGAGGAAGCGCCGCCUUUUGGUAUGCAUACCACACCCGAGGACCGGCCCUUACCACCCGACCACCCGGGAGGUAAAGAGCUGGUUCUCUACCAGCCUCUGCCGUUCGCGGUCGACUGCCAAUGCACGGCCGGUGCUGACGGCGGCGAGUCCAGGGAGGGGGGGUUGCCCGAUCCCAAGGGAGGUAAAGAGCUGAUGCUCUACCAGCCGUUGCCGUUCGGGAUGGUCGUCCAAGACACGGCGGGUGCUGACGGCGGCGAGUCCAGGGAGGGGGGGUCGCCCGAUCCCAAGGGAGGUAAAGAGCUGAUGCUCUACCAGCCGUUGCCGUUCGGGAUGGUCGUCCAAGACACGGCGGGUGCUGACGGCGGCGAGUCCAGGGAGGGGGGGUCGCCCGAUCCCAAGGGAGGUAAAGAGCAGAUGCUCUACCAGCCGUUGCCGUUCGGGAUGAUCGUCCAAGACACGGAGGGUGCUGACGGCGGCCAGUCCCGGGAUGCGGGGUCGGCACGUGCGGUCGUGUCCGAUGCCAUUGGAACAUCGGCUUGGGUGCCAGAAGGCCCACCCUCGCACAUAGCGGGCGUGGAUUCGGAGGACGGUGCUGGAGACGAGCUUCAUCCCCUUCCCGAGCCUCUUCAUGCGGAGUCGGUGACGCUCGAAACUGUGCUCGACUCCGCGCAAUCGGACGACAACGGCCUAUUAUCAGCACGAGAGGUGUCUCCUGCUCUGGUUCGCUGGGGCGACAGGCGAAUCACACAGAAGCAUCUGGCCGUGGUUGGCGUGGUGCCCGCUAUUUCUGCCGGAGCAGUAGUCCUGUUCUUAUGUCAGUGGCGCUCACGGCGGACGCGUCUUCGGCAACAGGCGCUGGGCCUUGCCCGGCAGGGCGCGCUUCGACGGGUGAUCCUCCGGGACGCUGUGCGAUUGCGCCAGCGGGAGGUCUCCUCCUUCUGGCGUUUGCGGCUGGCGACGGCGACAGGAGUUGUGACCGGCCUCCGCGCCCAAGGCGAGCGAGCGGCGGCGGAGCACGAGGCAACCCGCGCCACCGACCGCGAAGACGCCCAAGAGCAACAAGAAGCGGCGGUGGCGGAGGUGACGGCAGUGGAGACAGCGAGACGUGAGUUGGCCGAGACAGCCCUCGACGAGAAGUGUGAAGCGGCAGCCGCCGACCGGGUGGAGCAGCAAGCUCGCAUAGAGAAGUUGGAAGCCCAAAUACACUCGACGGAGGAGUCUCGGCGCGUUGCUAAGGAGCUGCAGCGGCAGCAGCUUAAGAAAAUCGAGAAGGAGAUCGCGGAUAAGACCCGGGAGGCCAACCAGCGCCAACAUCGGCAGCGGCAGCAGGUCCAACACCUCGCGAAGGAGGUAAAGGGCAAGCACAAGGAGGUAGCGGCGACGGCACGGGCGCUAACGGAGGCGAGGCGUGACGGGGCGUAUCUCCAAAUGGAAAGGGAUGGCCUGGGCGUCGCCCUCGCCGCGAAAGAGGGCGCCCUCUCCGCGACACAGGACCGCGCCCGGGUCGAGCGGGAGGAGGCGGUGGCCAAUGCCCGGCGGCUCGAGGGCCAGGUGAAGAAGCUGGAAACGGCACUGGAGACCUCGCACCUGGCAGUCACGACGGCAGAGGCGGCCACCGCCGGGGCGAGGGCAGAGGCGGAGGAGCUGCAGGGGAAGCUGGACGCACAGCAGGGGCGGAGGCGGGGACGGCUGUGUGCAGGGUGCCACCUGCCAAACGGAGGCGGGAGAGACGGACUGAGGCCAUCCGUCUUGAGAGAUGAGAUCGCGGGCCGGCUCUCGUCGGCACCAGCAUCUGCCUCGUCGCCGGUGUGCCGUGGACACCCGUCCUCCCAAACGGGGGAGACUGGGUUCGCCGCGGCCAGGGGCGGAGGCGGGGACGGCUGUGUGCAGGGUGCCACCUGCCAAACGGAGGCGGGAGAGACGGGCGAAGGGUCGGGUGAGGGUGACGCCCGGAUUGGAGGGGCGGUGAGGGCGGUGGUCGGGCUUGCGGUAGCUAGCGGUGGGUGCGCUGCUACCGCAGCAUCUUGUCCGGUUACCGCCGGAGCCGUCGCCAAGAAGUUACAGAAGGACACCCGCCAAUGGGUUUUGGAGAUGCGUGAUGGCCGGAAGGCGAAAAAACAGGGAAAAAAGGAGGAAAAGAAGAGAAGGGAGGAAGAGUCGGCAGCUCGUCGGCGACGUGCUCAAAAGAGCCAGCCAGCGUCUGCGGCCGCCGAUACUCCUAAGCACGGCGGCGGCGAAAGCGCCGGGGCAACCGCUAUCGUGAAGCCGAAGGCAGCCCGGCACAAAACCUCCGACGAGCUCGCCGUUCUCGCUUUCCAGCGACGCCGAGGUGCCAUUCACGGGAACGGAGGGACCGCGGGUCGACGACCUUCCGUCAACACCGCCGGGUUUGGCGUUGGGGUGGGCUCGGUCUUGCAGAAGCCAUCAGUAGCCGCCGCCGCCGUCGCCACCGCCGCCACCACGGCCGCCACGAGCCCCACCGCCGACCCCGCCGCCACCGCCGCCACAGUCAACACCGCCGCCACCGCCACAGCCUCCGCCACCACCCCCGCUGACACCGCUGCCGACACCGCCACCCCCGCCACAGCCCCCACCGCCACGGACGCCGCCCCCCCAGCCACCGCUGCCACAGCCAACACCGCCGCCACCGCCCCCGUCGACACCGCUGCCGCCCCCACCGCCGCUGCCGCCGUCACGCCCACCGAUGCUAACACCGCCGCCACCACCACGACCACCCAAGGAGCCGCACUAUCCUCCGGGAAAAAUAACUCCGAGAUCUCCGGCGGUGCAUCGUCGGGCGGGGCAAAGCGGAAGCCGCCGGCUCGACCGCUGCUGGGCGCACCCAGCAAGAGGGGCCUCCAAAACAGCUCGUCAGCCAAUUUGUGUUGCGUAAAUGCAGUCUUGCAGCUGCUACGCCACUGCCCGCAGCUUCGCGAGGGGCUAUCGGCCUACCCCAGGACCUUCUCCGCCACCAACGCGCCCGGCAACAGCUCGACACGCGCAGCCAAAGAGAAACGUGAGAAGCAGUUGGCUACUCGAGGGAUGGCCAUGUUGAUGAAGCGGAUGGAUAUCCCGUCGAGAAGAGGUGCCUGCCACGUACACCCAUCUCUUGCAAACUACAUCUACAAUGAAGAUGAUCUACAACGAGGCCAGCAGGGGGAUGCUCACCUAAUCCUCAUGAAGCUCCUAGACGCGCUUUCCGUAGCUUCGGAGAGCGGCGGGACGGUGUCGUCGGGGAAGGACACGAAGGAGCACACCUUGACGGUUCCUUUGUUGUCUGCUGACGGCAACGGCAAGCUGCCUGGGGAUGUCAAGGCGCUUCUUACGAAGAAGUUCGCCACGACCAGCCUCUCCCCGUGCUACGCAUGCCAGGGACUCGACGAGGUGCGAGCCCACAAGGGGGAGUGGUUGGAGAUGCUGCGGCAUCAGAUGGGAGGCACCACGGCAGUAUCGGAGUCGGUCGAGGCACCGCAGACGGCGGAGCACGCCUGCUUGUACGACAUCGUCGAACUUCUCCUUGACCAGACGAUGGCAAUGCUGAGUCCUAGGCUCGAAGGAGAGUCGAGCGCAAGGAGACAAACGAUGGAAUCAGCGGCAUCUCGGCUGCGGCCAAUACUCCGUUCAGGAGGGGCGGAGGACGCGAUCGAGACGACUCUGGGGGGUGGUGUGGUGGACGACGCGAUGAUCCUGUUGCUGGAGGGGAUCACGCUUCUCGCCCAGACGACCCGGGAGGAGGCCCCCAACCAGAGAGCCGCUGAAUACGUGCGGCGGAUAUCGGAGUCGUUGAAGGGAAAGGCGCAGCACGACAGCAACGUGGGGCUAAGCUCGAUGGAGGAGCAAAGCUGGCUGAAAAAAUGCCCGCGGACAGUACUGCUAUACUUGAUGCGCUUCGCCUACACGACGCGCGGCGAGAAACUGACCCACGAUGUCUACAUCCCCAAGGAGAUCGAUAUGGCGCCGUACAUCGGCCCACCUACCACCAGAGCCGGAGCCCGGCAGCCGGACAUGUACGACCUCAACGGAGUCGUGCACCACAUCGGCCAAACGACCAACAAGGGGCACUACGUUGCCUUUGUCCGCCUGCCUGGAGAGGGGUGGCUUCGAUACGACGACGCCAAAGUCACCGGAGUUACCGACAGUGACGUGCGGACCCAGAACGCGCUCAUUCUGUCGUACACUCGCCGAUCAGGCUAG